GUAACAUCCUUUCUCAAUUAAAACCUCCUUUGUUAACUUUAAUAGUGUAACAUUUAAGUAUUGUAUAUUUAUAUGUGCAAUGUUUCGUUAUUUGUAUUCUAUAAUAAUUUCGUUGGCGGCGUUUUUUUACAACGAUGACGUCAUUGUGGAAACGAAAUUUGGGAAAAUACAAGGUGUACAAACGUCGAAAAGUCGGACAUUUCUUGGCGUUCCCUAUGCAGCGCCGCCGAUCGGGUCUUUGAGAUGGCGUCCACCCGAAAACCCACGUCCAUGGACGGGUGUCCUUGAUACAAAGGAAGUAAAAGCAGGGUGCUACCAAUUAGCAUGCGCUUCAAUGAAUCCAGCAAUAUUGUGUCCAAAAACGGUAUCAGAGGACUGCCUGUAUUUGAACAUAUGGACGCCAGCUAACGCCAGGAAAGAUAGUCGUCUGCCAGUCAUGGUUUUCAUACAUGGCGGGAAUUUUGUGCAAUUAAGCGGCGGGUCUCUGCUUUUCAGAGGAGAAGACUUUGUGAGUAAAGGACACGUGAUUUUGGUGAAUGUCGAUUACAGACUGGGGGCUUUUGGAUUUCUUGUAACAGGAGAUGGCCCUAGGGAUGCUAAAGGGAAUUAUGGGAUUAAAGAUCAACGUCUUGCAUUACAGUGGGUUAAAGAUAAUAUCGAGGCCUUUGGUGGGGAUCCGAGGAAGGUGACAUUAUUUGGCCAAUCGGCAGGGGCUCAAUCAACUGCUAUCCAUCUGACUAAUGGAAAAGCUGAUGGUUUAUUCCGAAAUGCAAUUAUUCAAAGCUCUCCAUUUUCUAUUCGUUAUAAAACAAAAGAGGAGGUUCUAUUUUUAGGAGAUUUUAUCGCCAAGUUUGUUAAUUGUCCAGCUGGGGAUAUAACAUGUCUGCUUAACGUAUCAGCAGAAGAUAUCGCUCUUGCAGAGCACGAGGCGAGGAGUGUUGUGACGUCACCUUUUUUGUUAGAAUUGUUUGAACCGAUUGGUCCAUGGGUCGACGGUGACGAAGUCAAAAUGGAACCAGUAACCGCUGCACAAAGUGGAAAGUUUGAGAACAUUCCUUUAUUGAUUGGGACAGUGAGCGAGGAAACGAGGAUUUUUGUAUAUGAAGCAUUUAAGGAAACGAUGGGAUUAGAAACUUAUCUUGGAAUUUUGUUACUCGCCGAUCCUAUAAAAGCUCUUAAAUUAUUGGCUAAAUAUCCUCCUGUAAAAUCACGUGACUGCCGUGAUACACUACAAAAUUUGUCAACUGAUCUGAUUUUCACGUGCACAGCUAGAAACGUGAGUCGGUCAUUGCAAACGUUCGGACAUUCUUCUAUACAUUUGUAUAUCUUUAACCAUCCAUUUUCAGCGAAAGGGGCGUGGUAUAAUUUUACUUUUUGUGAAGGUCAUGAUUGCCAUGGUGUAGAGCUGCCGUUCGUUUUUCACACAGCACAUCUGGGUGGCUUUCAUUUAAGUCCGGAAGAGGAACGGUUAUCUACGGAACUUAUAUCAUACUGGUCAAAUUUUGCUUAUACAUCAAAUCCCAAUACAGGGCCCCAUCCGGUUUACUUAAAUUGGCCAAAUUAUGAUAUAAAACAGACGACAAUUAUGCAUUUCAAGACACCAAAAAGCGAGUUAUUAGAUGAAUAUAGGAAAAACUUUUGUGAUUUCUGGGAUGACGUUGGCUACUUUAUUUGAAUAAUGUAUUUCUCACAGAGUGCUGUUAUUACAUCACUAACAUUUUACAAAGUAACAUACAAAAUUGAUAAAUAGUGGCAUUAGUGAUGAGUCUUGCAUUCUGUAGGAUUUUACUGUAUAUUGAAAUACUGUUUUCGAUUUUACAUUAUUUGGCAUGAAACAUCUAGUGGGUGUCUACCAAGUUUGUUCAAAUAAAAGCCCUGUCAAAAUUGGCCCCACCCAAAGGGUUUUUGGGUAUAAAUCAAACGUAGAUAAGUUUCAGUAUCUUCUGUACAUGUUUACAUUUUAGUUAUGAAUACAUACGUUUUAGAUCCCACUCGAAACUAUAAUAUGAUAACAAACUGUUUAAAAAAGAUUAAAAUGUCAUAAAUUAAAUUCUCCUUUGUUUCUUUAUGAAAUUUUAUUUUAUCUUAUUUUCAUAAACAUGUGCCUGCUGACAUCAAAAGAUUCACUCCAUGCCACCAAUGCAGACUCAGAUCAGCCGGAACGUCCGCGUUUGUACUGCACUUGUUCAGUUUUUGUAUUCCUCAUAAAAUUUAUCCCUAAAAUAAUGAAUGGUUUUGUCCAGGUUGAUAGAUGGGGAAGUCCAUUUAAGGCAUUAAGCGUGGUAAGUUAAUAUUUAGACCUUUAUUUAUCCAACAAAAGUUCCUCAUGUCGUUUAUUUAUUAAAAUUAAAAUAUAUGCUAAUCCUGUCAAAUGAAUGAAACAUAAUACACGUAUAUAUUAUAAUGAAUAAACUGAACUUCGUGCAAACGUAUAACAUUCAUAAUGUAAAAUGUAGCGUGCCUUUAAAUGGAGUAUGUACAGACGAAAUUUGGAUUUGUUUACCGACCAAGGUGACUUAAAUGUCA